CCCAAUCUGGCAACACUGGUUCCGGCACCAUCUUGCUUACGCCCAUCCGAUUCUUUUGGAAAACAGUUCGGGCGUGAGGGUCUGGGAGUUGUGACUAUCCCGGCUUUGAUCACGCAGAGAGAGGGGUAGUUUCAAGGAAGUGACGGACUGCACUCAGGGGGGGGGGGGGGACUGGUCAAAGGAAGUUUCCUUAGCGGUGCUGAACGAAACUUUCCCCUGAGCGCCAACUGUGGACCCGGGUCUUCGGGAGAGCAGCGCCGCUGGGAUAGAAACAACCGAGCAGCCGGGAAAAGGACUCCCGUAUAUUUUGCUUCUGCGAGGGAAAGUUCGGAUCAGUAUUGGGAAGGGAUCGCAAAGGAAUUUUACUCCCCUUUUCCUCCCCCGAUCCUCCAGAUUCCCCUUUCGAUCCGUGAUGGGGAAGGAGCAGGAACUCCUUGAGGCGGCGCGCACCGGGAAUCUCGCCUCCGUAGAGAAGCUUUUAUCUGGGAAACGACAAUCUGCCGGGACUGGCAGUGGCUUAUCGGGGACUGGUGGAAGUGGGAACAGCAGUGGUCACAGUGCCGCCUCUCACCCGCUCUCUAGUUUACUCAGUAUCUGGAGGGGUCCCAAUGUGAACUGUGUGGACAGCACUGGAUACACGCCGCUCCACCACGCCGCUCUGAACGGACACAGUGAUGUGGUUGAGGCGCUACUCCGUAACGAGGCCUUCACCAACAUCGCCGACAACAAGGGCUGCUACCCUCUGCACCUGGCCGCCUGGAAGGGCGACCAGCAGAUCGUCAACCUGCUGAUCCACCAGGGGCCCUCGCACCCCAAGCUCAACGAGCAGAGCUCUGUAGACCCUAGAGAGUCCAAACGAUGCGGGCCCUUUGACCCCUAUAUUAAUGCCAAGAACAACGACAAUGAGACCCCCCUGCACUGCGCGGCGCAGUAUGGCCACACGCAGGUGGCGCGCCUGCUGCUGGAGGAGCUCACGGACCCCACCAUGCGCAACAACAAGUUUGAGACGCCGCUGGACCUGGCGGCGCUGUACGGGCGGCUGGAGGUGGUGAAGCUGCUGCUCAGCGCCCACCCCAACCUGCUGGGCUGCAACACCAAGAAGCACACGCCGCUGCACCUGGCCUCGCGCAACGGGCACCUGGGCGUGGUCGAGGUGCUGCUGGACGCCGGCAUGGACAUCAACUACGAGACGGAGAGGGGCAGUGCCCUCCACGAAGCGGCUCUCUACGGGAAGGCGGACGUGGUGCAGCGGCUCCUCAGUGCAGGGAUCGAAGCCAGCAUCACGGACAUCAGGGGUCUGACGGCGCUGGACACCGUCAGGGAGAUGCCCUCACAGAAGAGCAGGGAGAUCGCAGCUCUCAUACACGGUCACAUGGUUGGAAAGCCUCCGGACCUGGACCUCCCUCCCCCGCCCAUCCCCCCACCUCAGGAGAGCCCCAGUCCCAGGAGGAGAGGUGAUCUAGAGAAGAUGGGUGAGCUGAUAUCCGGGAUGGCCCCGCGGCCGGAGGAGGAGAGCCCGUAUGAGGCCCUGUUUGAGGCCACGUCCUGCCACUCCCUGGACAGCCUGGCCAGCGGCAAGUCCUCCGACCGGGACUCUGGCCGGCCCGACAGCGACGCCGGCAAAAAGGAGCGCCUGGCCCACCCGUGUCACCCCGUCGCCGGUCACGAAGAGGAGAUGAGCUCGGAGGCGCUGUACACGCACAGCAGCAUCGACGAGCGGGGGGAGCCUGCGGAGGAGGAGGAGGGGGACCACACGUACGAGCUGCUCUUCUCGGCGCAGACCAGAUCCUCGCCCACAAGCCACAAGACCCCGCCCACCAGAGAAGAGAAAAGCACAGUCCGCAGUUCCAACAGUGUCCUACCUCAGCACCGUAAAACGCCCGCCCCCAACGACCAGAGACCCCCGGGACACCAGACGAAAGACAGCCUCCAGCCGCCCGGGCCCCGGGCCCCUGGAGCAGACGUCUCCCAGCCCAGCGAGGAGCAGCCAGGGGCAGGUGUCCCUGAGCAGUUCACCGGCCUGCUCCACGGUUCCUCCCCCGUCUUCGACUGCCGCGAGGAGGAGCCUUUCCGGUUGCCGGGGGUGACGGCGACGCCGACGCCGGCCAGCCAGCCUAAACCGGAGGGCAACGCGCCGGAGGCCAAAGCCCCGGAAGCCAAGCCUCCGACCAAAGCGAAGGCCCCUCCCACGGCCGCGCCAGCACCAGCGGCGGCGGCGGCUACACCGUCCCCGCCCCGGCCCAACAUGGCCGCCAUCCUGACAGACUUUGACCCCAAAGCCAUCUACGCCACUGUGAGUAAGGAGCCCCGGGACGGCGGCGGCGGCGGCGCCGGGGGGAGCCCCGCCGGCCGGAUGCGCCCCCCCGGGGACCUGAAGCUGGCCAGGAGCCUCUCCAAGUCGGACUCGGACCUGCUGGUGUCCCCGCCCGGCGAGGAGGACGGCUGUCUGGGCAGCCGCAGCGAGUCGGUGUCCAACUGCAGCGCGGGCAAGAAGAGGCUGGAGAAGUCGCCCUCGUUCACCUCGGAAUGGGACGAGCAGACCCUCAUGGCCCCCCCCAUCUUACGGCCACGGCGAUCUAAUUCUGUUGACAGCAUCGAGAAGAUCAUGACACUAAUCGGAGCUGGCAUCGAUUUCACCAGAGACCAGCAGUACACAACGCCAGGCGCCGCCGGCCGCCUGCUGGAGCAGCCCGUGGGCGACUGGCUGGAGCACGUGGGGCUGCCGCAGUACGAGAGCAAGCUGCUGCUCAACGGCUUCGACGACCUGCACUACAUGGGAAGGAAUGUGAUGGAAGAGCAGGACCUGAGGGAGAUUGGAAUCACGGAUCCCAGCCACAGGCGGAAGAUCCUCCACGCAGCUCGCUCCCUACCCAAGGUGAAGGCGCUGGGCUGUGACGGCAACACGUCCCUCUCUGCCUGGCUGGACAGCCUGGGUCUGCAGGAGUACCUGCACAACUUCCUGGCCAGCGGAUACCGAACACUGGAGUGUGUCAGGACCCUGUGGGAGCUGGAGAUUGUCAAUGUACUGAAGAUCGCCUUGCUAGGACACAGGAAACGCAUCAUCGCCUCGCUAGCAGAGAGACCCUAUGAGGAGCCUCCGGUCAAACCGCCUCGUCUGUCUCAGAUCAGGUGUCAGGACCUGCCCGGCUCGCUAAGCUCCUCCCCUCUGACUCACCUGGACUCCUACGCCGGGGGGCGCUCCAUGGACCUGCUUCUGCCCCUGCCCGAGUCCGGGAGGAAGAAGAGCGCCGACCUGGACCACGAGGCCGGCCAGCGGGCCCGCAGCGAGAGGCACAGGACCCACGAGCGGAGCGAGGAUCGCUACAGGGAGCCCCGUCUGACCCUGCGCCCCCCCAGCCAGGCCGCCCCCUACGCUCCGGUCCAGAACUGGCAUCACCAACCCGAGAAACUCAUCUUUGAGUCCUGCGGCUACGAGGCAAAUUACUUGGGCUCCAUGCUGAUCAAGGAGCUGCGGGGCACUGAGUCCACGCAGGACGCUUGUGCCAAAAUGAGGAGAUCGACGGAGCAGAUGAGGAAGGUGCCGACCAUCGUCCUCUCCAUCACCUACAAGGGGGUGAAGUUCAUCGACGCAGCCAAUAAGAACAUCAUCGCGGAGCACGAGAUCCGGAACAUCUCAUGCGCGGCCCAGGACCCGGAGGACCUGUGCACGUUCGCCUACAUCACCAAGGACCUGCAGACCAGUCACCACUACUGCCACGUGUUCAGCACCGUGGACGUGAACCUGACCUAUGAGAUUAUACUGACGCUGGGACAGGCAUUCGAGGUGGCCUAUCAGCUGGCUCUUCAGGCCCAGAGGGCAAAGCAGCACCACAGUGUUCCAGUGGGCCCCGGGUCAGAGGUCAUUGACACCACGUCAAGCCGGCCCGUACCAAAACCACGAGGAAGUGUGCGGAAAUCAGGGGACUCUCCACCUCUGGACAGUCGUUGCUGUGUCUGUUACACCUGCACCCCCCUUCGCCCCUCCUUACCACCACUGCCUGACUCCCAGGGGGACGGGGUGGAGCGGGAGACGGACGGCCAGUCCCAGGGCAGCGCCACCUGGCUGGUGGACCCCAAGGACGCCAAACGCACUAUCAGCACUAACACUCCUCCUGCUUCCAAUAGGCGACGGCAGCUCUGAAGGAUUUGGUUUCCUUGUUCCGUUCCUUCUGGCCUUCUUUCGACCCCCCCACUCCAGUGUUGAGAAAGCAAAUGGCAUUGAGAUCCGUGUCUAUGAUGAACUGGUCCAGCCGGGUCCUGGGAGGGCAUGUUUCCUUGGUCAAAAACCGGGGUGAAACGCCUCCUCUUUUCGUCUUUCCUCCUCUAUGCAUCAUUUGGACGUCCAUUGGGCAGCCAUUUUGGCUGCGGUGACAUUGCCAAAAUUGCGGCACGUAUCCAUAGAACGGACAGAGACCUCGAGAAGCGUGGGGCAGACGAGGCUCGGUAGAAGACGGUAUCUGGAGAGGGAGAGGGGCUGCUCUCGUUCAGAAUACGCCCCAGUUCUGAGGUUGCACUUCCAAAGAGGACACAUUGCUAACACUGUGAUGGAGGUCCAGGGAAUCGCCCGCUGGGCCCUCUGCUGUGGAGUGAUGAGAUGCGACAGGACAACACGGAGACUCACACUGGAAGAGAGAGAGAUAAAGGGGGAGAGAGAGAGAGCAGACGAGUGCAUGUUGUAAACUAUUUCCAAACCUGUGUUGCCAAAACCGUCUAAGACUGCAUGCCUUUCUCUGGCCGUCUAACCAGGCCGUACCAUAACUUGAACACUCAUCCUUUUUGUGUUUAAUUCGUAUUUGUUUCUAGAGUGUACAACAAUCUAAGCACUUUUUUCCCUGAAAUAUUUCGAAAUGCUUCCAUCUUUAUUCUUCUUCUGUCCUUUCUUAUUUUACUUAACCAUGAGAAAUGCCUUAUUGUGUUGAUUCUGUUGCCAAUACCUUUUUUUUUUUUUUUUAUAUUAUCUGAAGUUAAUAUUCUACUUGGUUAAAAAAAGAGAGUGAAUCAUCACCUGGAAAACCCCUCAAUAACGUGUACUGUGUAAGUCUGUGUUUUUCCACGGUUUGUUUUUGUUUUAACCCUACUGCUUUGUGUGCAUGUCCCCCCCCCCCCCCUUCCUUUUUAGCUAAACACCUUGGCCAAACUACCAGCCAGUGUAAGAAGACAGGGGUGCGCCACAGUGCAUUGUGGGUAGGGUGUUUCAAAUGGAAAAGCGACCCACUUUCCCUGCAGCCGAUCGCAACAUCGUCUUGUGGGCCAUGCCUCCAAACCACAGCAUGAGCCAGGAGGGGUCAAGGAAACGCACCUGGGAGGAGGGGCCCUCUCACGGGCCCUUCACCCACUGACUUGAACUGUGCUUCAUUGGGUCUCUUUAGGGGUCUAUCAAAGUGUCAUCCAUGUUUCUCGUAUCAAACUAACUUAAGUAUCCAUUCCAUGAGCAAUGGUGGCUCUUGGUCGAGCAGCCCUAUAUACUCUGUCGUUCUUUUGUCUUUCGGCUCUCCUAUUGUAGCUCAUGUUUACUCCUUAAAGUAAGGUAUUGGUCCGAAAGUCUCUGUGUUGGGAAAAAACGAACAAGCAAACGCAGCAGAGGCUUGUCCUUUUCUAUUAUUCUUUUCUCCACGCUGGUUAUUUUGGUUUGUUUUAAGGGAACAGUUAAAAAACUAACACUGAAAUGUGAGAGGCUAAACUCAGAGGUACACCUGUCUCUUCGUAUGAACGACGUGUCCAACUGUUGUAGCUCAUCCUAACUGCCAACUCGUCGUCUGGCCUUCUAAUAAGCAGCAACGAGAGGGUGAAACACAAUACUACGGUACUAACUGGUUUUUAAUGACAGCGGGCAUCAUUUUUAAUUCAUUUUGUUUUUAGCUGUCUGUGUCAGACGAGGGUCCUUCCUGAGGCUGGGAACUGGGUCAGGAAGGAUUAGCGAUAACUUCUCUCCCCCCGCCACCCCUUUUGUUUACUGCAUCUGAACCCAUUUGAUUCAUCAGACCUGCCGUGCAGCCUGGUACCUCCUUUAGACUCUGUUUUGUUUCUUUUUAGCUGCAGAACAAUGGAGGCACUGCAUGCGUCUCCCAUCUGCCUCAGUGUGUGGACUGUUAGCAGUACUAUUUGAUCAGCUGUGUGUAUAUGGGUACCUAAAGGUAGAUCAGGUCGUUACGAUGGAACGGUUGUAGAUGUGAUUCUCUGGUACAUUGUCUGCUGCUGCUCGGUGUGUACGUGGGCGUCUUCAGCCCCCCCCCCCCCCCCCCCGUCUAGGGUCCCCAAUAAGCUUUUGCACAUCGCUAAGGAUUUAGAAUAGGGACUAAUCAGAUAUUAAUAAUAAUGAUGAUGAAAAUAAUAAUAAUGACAAUGGUUACGAGGAGAAUGACGUUGUGCAUAUGGUUCUAGCAGUUUGUAUUUUGAUACUUGAAUGAUUUUUCUUUUAUAGAUAUCUAUAUAUAUGUAUGUAUGUAUGUAUGUAUUUUUUGACAUGUUUGUCAAGAGAGAGAAAAAGGACUACACGGUUCUACAUAUCAUUAAUAAAAAGCCUGUGAUUAAAAAAAAGACUGAGGAAUAAUGACUCAGAGGAGGGACCUGACAUAAAUAUAUAUACAUAUAUAUAUAUAUAUAUAUGUAUAUAUAUCUGUAUAUAUAUAUAUAUUUAUGUGUGUGUGUAUAUAUGUAUGUGUAUGUAUAUAUAUGGAUCUGUGUAUGUGUAUAUAUAUAUGUAUGUAUAUAUAUGCAUUAUUAUAUUAGUGUAUGUAUGUAUAUAUAUAUAUGUAUGCAUAAAUAUGUGUAUAUAUACAUGUAUGUAUACAUAAAUACACAUAAGAGAAGAUUGUAAAUAAUCUUGGGUCUUUUUUUUAUGAUUAUUAUUUUUCAUAAGUGUAUGACUAAUAAAUGGCGAAAUCUGAAUGAUGCCGAUGAUCA